AUGGCGAGAAGAAAUGGAAACAAGCAGCUGGCCAUGCUCUUCCCUGUGGUGUGUGGGGUCCGGGAUGCCUGUGUGACCCCAUUCCUCACCCUCUACUUGAGGAAUCUGGGUGUGGCCGCACCCUGGGUGGGCAUCCUCAUGGGAACCAAGCACCUGGUCGCAGCCUGCUGGACUCCCUUCUGUGCCUUCCUGGCCAAACGCUACCAGAAAAGGCGAAUGUUUCUGACUGGGUCAUUGCUGGGCUCCGCAGGAGCCAGCCUCCUGAUGGUCCUCGUCCCACCUGUGGACAGAAGUCUGAACAACCACUUUUGUAAUGGAAGCAACAAAGUGGUCACAACUGUCCUUCCCCUGGGGGUCACACAGACUGUGAACAUGACCUCCUCCCAGGGGUCAGUCCCAAACCACUGGGCAGGAGCACCCAGCCUCCCGGGCAGCAGGCACACCAGAGCCUUGGACACGUCUGGCUUUCCAAACGGAUCUGGUAAAAAUCAAGAACGAAUACUUCGCGCUUUGCAGGCCUAUUUCGCUGGUUCUGUUGAAGGAGCCAGGAUCACUACCCAAGCUCUCCAUCCUGUCACUUCUGGGUUGAGAGCUAAUUCCCAGGAAGGGACUUUUGAGGUGGACAAUGCUACCCUGGGGACACUUCCUAGAAGUGCAGCCCUUGGAAGUCCAGACAACUUGUCAAAGGCCCAGGGGGAUGACCAGGCCCUUGACCACUCCUCCAAAGGGCCUCAGUGGACCUUCAUCCUCUCCUUGGGGUUUGUGGCAUUCUGGGAACUGCUGACAGCUCCUCUGGAGCAGGUGGCAGAUGACAGUCUUUUUGAAUACCUGGAUUUUGUAGACGCCGCUGACCGGAACAGAAACUUGUGGAUGUGGAGAUUGUUGGGUAUGUCAGCAGGUGUGUGUGGCAUUGCAGCCUUGGUGGGGCAUCUGGAAUGCUUCCUCGUGACCAAUGGUCCUCGGGGCGUGAUUCAUUUCUACAGCUAUGCUCUGUUCAGUACUCUGGCCUUAGCGGUGAGCACUGCUUUUCCUGUCCCCAUCUACCAGCAGCAGGGGCUUAGCUACAAACCCAUCAAAGCACUGUCCCUCAUACGGGGUGACUCCCGCCUCAUCCUCCUCGCCUUCACUGUCUUUUGGAUAGGAGCCACUGCCAGUACGGUGCAGAACUUUCUGUUCUGGCACAUGAAGGACCAUGGCAGCAGCGAGCUGGUGAUGGGUUUCUCGGUGGCUCUCGGCUUACUAGGAGAAGUUCUGUUUCAUCCAUUCAGAACUUCGUUGCUUAGGAAACUGUCUAGGGUGGGUGUGCUGGGGCUGGGGCUGAGCUGCCUGGCCCUGCAGCUGCUUUACUACUCUUUCUCCUGGAGCUGGUGGUCCGUCCUCCCUGUUCAGAUCCUGAGUGCCAUCAGCAGUGGGGCCCUGUGGUGGGCUGUGGGGACCUCCCUAGAGGAUCUGGCCACCUCUGGCGUGGAGAGGUCUCUGAGCACCAUGUUCCGAGGUCACUUCUAUGAGAGUGGUUGCAGCCUAGGCAGUUUUGUCGGGGGCUUUGUAGUAAUGCGCUUUAGCAUAGCAGUGCUCUACCAAGCCUGUUGUGUGGUCCUACUGCUUUGGCUGGCCGUGUUCCUGGCCACCCAGCCCAGGUUGCCCCAAGAGCAGAGGAUCAACUACUCAAAGCUGCUAGCUCUGGAGGGGAGUGACAGCAGCGACUCUGAGCAGGGGUCAGAACGGGACUGGCUUGUGAAGGCCAUGAGGGAGGAAAAAGUGGACUGGAAGGGCUGA